UGAACUUUGUGAGGAUAUACGGCCAAAAGUUAUCAAUAGCGAGGUGACCUUUCAAAUGUUGGGAAACCCAUCCGCCUUAACCGCAAAAUAUUUGAACUUUUAUAUUCACUUUAAGAUCGACUAUAAUGUACUUUUCAAGUAAGGGAAACAUGAAAAAUACUCGUUAUACUUAUUAAUAUUUCAAAAUAGAAUAAAAUUGACAAAUAAACAUCGAAAUACAUUUCGCACUAUAUGUGUCCGCGUAUUUCGUAAAAGUACCUGUGGAGUGACAAGACACAAUAUUUUGGAAAAUGAGUGACUUACUUCGCUUUGUUGUUUCUACAAACUUUUUUCAUCACCACAGUCCAAUGGAAACAUUAUCAUAAGUAAAUCAAAGUCGACAACAUGGGCUGCUGUACGGGCAGAUGUAUCCUGAUAACAAUCUGCAUUAUACAGCUGGUUGCAACAUUGGAGAGACAAGUGUUCGACUUCCUUGGCUACAUGUGGGCGCCCAUCAUUGGCAACUUUCUACAGAUUAUCUUUGUCAUUGUUGGCCUGUUCGGCACCUACCAGUACAGACCCAGGUUCAUCAUAUUUUACACAUUAUGGAGUCUGCUAUGGCUGGGCUGGAACAUUUUCGUCAUCUGCUUCUACCUUCAAGUGGGAGUGCUCUCCAGGGACAGUUCCAUACUAAACCUGGGUACAGGGAACAAAUCGUGGUGGUUGGAUAAUGGUAUUGGUUGUAAGGUCAACCAGACAACCCCAGAGGUUCAUGAAUCAUUCACAAGCCGGCAGAUCCCCCCAGAGUGGGCCGUGUCGGGUUGUAUUUUACAGUAUUACUGGGUGGAGAUUAUUCAUGCUGGCGUACAGUGUCUAUUAACGCUCAUUGGAUUUAUAGUGUCCUGCUAUGUGAUAUAUAUAUUUACGGAAGAAGAUGAUUCUUUGCAACCAGCCAAUGAUGAGUUAGAGUAUAUUAAGAUGCGCUACAAGACCCCAGGAGCUCAGGAUCAGUAUAAUGACAACAUGACUUACCAGACUAAUACUAGAACAAACUUUGACACUGUAGAACGUGUACUCAGUGGUGCCCCCACUCUGGAGAUCGAGCGCAGUCGUGGCAGGCCACCUCAGGGGGAUACCACUGACAAUGGAACUACCCGUUCAAGUAAACGAAGCCGAUCACGAGAUCGUGACCGCUCCAGAGAUCGGACUCGGUCAAGUGGACGGAGUCAGAAUAGACGUGGUAGUAGGAGCAGAUCACGUGAUCGGCUAGAGGAAAAUAAUACACAAAGAUCAAAUAGGACGAAUAGAAAAAGUGAUGAGGCACCUAGGGAACAGUUGCCAUGGGUACAGGUUAGCCAUAAUGAACACCACUAUGGGAGUGACAGUGAAUCACCCCCAGCAUAUGCUUCACAGACAUCCCAGGAUGACCCUAAUUUAAGCAUCAGUACAAAUCCUGCUGGUCAUGGCAAUCACAUUCCUCCUCAUGGUCGCCAUGGCAACACUCAAACAACUGCUGGUAACCAUAGUAACAGUAACCCUAGCACUGAAGUGCGACGUAUUGGGUCUGAGGAAAGUAACAGUAGUAGGGAGAGCAACCAUAUGCAGUAUGGGCAAUACAGACCCCCUAAGCAUGCCCCUAUGCAGAUCCAUCAUGCCCAGUAUCCUAGUACAAUUGAAGAGGAGCCACCUGCUGAUAGACACCCCCAAGGUGGGGGCUACCAAGCUAACCCCCCAGGAAGGCCAGCUAAAGGGGUAGAGCCUGAGAGGCCCCCUAUGCCACUACCCAGUUUGGGCCAACUGAAGGCUGAUCUUCCAAUGGCUGCCUCCUCCCCCAAGGCAGCCAGAUCAUCACAUGUAAAUAAUCCUGAUAGUAGAUCUCACAAUGCAGUGCAACAUAACUCUCCUGGAGCUAGCCAACCAGACUAUAGAUCACUACCUGGGGCUACAAGACCACCCAGGGUGGACAAUAUAAGGCCUAAAUCAAAUAUUUAUGAUCGCCAAGAAAUCCUGUCACGCUCACCCACAACCCCUCCCUUGCCAUCCCCACCACCUGAGCUCAGGGAGUUCCCUAGACCUCGUAAUGAUUCCCCACCCUCUUCACCCCCAUAUAAAAAUGUAGGACGACCUCAGCCUCCCAAAGUGCCUGAGAACUAUAACAAUCAACAGAACAAACCACCCCCUCCAACACGUUCCCCACAAUCCUCACUCCCUGCCAAUGCCCCCCAGUCCUCUAACCAUCCUUCAGUUGCAAGAGUGCUUUACCCCCCAGAAAGCCCUCCCCCACCGAGGUAUUCUGCUAACCCAUACAAUGCCAACCCUGUCAUCAAGCCACAAGCUGAACAUCAGAAUCAACAAAAUCCCCCAAGUUCUGCAUAUAAUGCCCCACCAUAUGGGCAAAAAUCUCAGCCUCAUAUGUCUCAAGCCCAGCCCCCUCAAUUUCAAAUGUCAAAUCCUUCAAGACCAACUCAAUCUGUUGAAUCAAAUCCAUCAAGAAAACAACAGCCUGUUUACCAGAAUCAAGCCCAGGUCUUCGGUCAGCCUCCAUUCCAGCAAAACUCUCCUGCAUCCUCAGACCCCCCUCAGGUCCCCGAGAGACCCCCUCUACCCAGUACAAUCCAAGAGCCCCCAUAUACAGAGUUGGAACCCCGAGGUUAUCAACAACCAAAUCAAUUUUCCUAUCCAGCAAGGCCACCACCCCCUACAAAUUAUGAUCCUGAGCCAAGAUAUAGUUCUAAUCCAUCACAAGGCUAUCAGAGAGCAGACAGACCAGGGCAUUAUGGGAAUGGACCACAGUAUGAUGAGGGAGAGCAGGGUGGCAACUUUGGUAACCCAGGAUAUGGAAUGAAUCCAGGGGGUAUUAGGAUGUCCAGCAGUGGGGCCUCAAUAGUGUAACUUGAUAUUGAAGUAAAAUUAGUCUAGGAUUUUAUCUUGUGCAAACACUAUGAAGUAAAAGUAAUACUCAUCUGAAAAGUUAAUACGCUUCAAGGGAUAUUCUCAUUCCAAUUUAAUAUCUUUAACAAUAUCUAGUGUUGGAAUGUACUGUUCCAAUGUGUCGACAAAAUGAAAAAAUGUGUUUGAUAAUAGCUUGAUGCUUUGUUUUUUAUGUGUGUUUAUACUCAUGUAUUUAUAUUUAUGAUUAUGAAUGAGGAAAUCCAAUGUCAUGUUUGUGGUAUUGGAGAGUGUUCUCUGAGAUUGUCUCACUUUGAAUGUAUAUAAGAGCAAAUGAACUCUGGGAUGAACCAUCCAUUGAUGCAUGUACAUAUUAGGGCAAAUGCAAUUUGGUGCUCACCGAUUCUCCUCACUCAUAAUCAGGGGUGGACCAAGCACAAAGUUAACACUUGCUCCACCCCUGAUUUAAAUGGUCUCACAAUCAAAUAUGAAUAAAGUAAAAUCCUUUAUCCCAUACUCAAGGUUUGAGGGAGAUAAGAGUAAUAUUUUCUCAACCCUGGGAGAUAAGGCUAUAUUUUCUGCUACUUAUGUAUUUUCUAUUUCUUGAGAACUAACUUUUGUAAGUGUGGGAUAAAUCAGUUUAUUAAUGGUUGAUUUUGGAUAUGGAAUUUACUGCUUGGAAAAAUUGUAUCUUCAGGAUAUACCAUAUAUCCUAAACCUUCCACUGCAUAACCAUCAUGUAUUUUAACUGUUUAGGCCUGAUGGUUUAAAAGUGUGUACAUUAAGAGUAGCGUGCAAUGCAGAUUAAUUGACAUUUUAGUAAAAUCUAGGGAUUUUUUUACAAAAAAAUACAAAAAAAAACUUUUUACACAUACAUGAUUCAAUAAGAUUGUGUUCAAUAAACACAUGUAUGUAAUGCAACAUAGAAUGUGCUUUGUGAAUUGAUAUAUUAGGUAUCUAGUUUCAUCAGAGAUUUUAAAAUCUUAAGUUCUGAUCAACUUAAAUAUUAUUGAAAAUGAAUUACUUAUAAAAGUACUUAAAGGUGUAUCUGAAAAGUGAAAACACCCAAAUAAUUUCUCUCUCUUUUUUGCACAAUUCCAGCACAUUUCUUAAACCAAUUUAUUGUAAAAUUGCAAAAUUGUAAAAUAAGCCUGCACAUUUAAGUUAUUACUAGCAGUUUAAGCAGAAGAGGAGAUUACCCAUAUAUGGUAAAAUUGAAAACAACAGAUAUUAUUUAGCAGUUAUUUAACUUUGAUGAAAAUGAUGAUCCUAUGUCCAGACACAUUGAUAACUAAGAGGACAUGGGUGUUGUACCUUAUUGGUGCUUAGUCAUACAUUGAAUAUUAACCUUCAAACAUGGUGCAGCAUUAGACCUUGUUUACAGUGGUAUGUCAGGCAUAAGUAAUUUCUGCAUGUAUAAAGAAGAUAACAUGGAAAUGUCCAUAAUUAAGCUUGACAAGUACAGUAAAACCUGUGUAUA